GCUCCGCUCCCUGCGCACCGGCGGGCGCAGCGCCGGGCAGGGCAGCGCCCAUGGGCUGCGGCAACUCCACGGCCGGCGGCGCGGGCGGGCGAGGUGCUACAGGGACUACUAAAGAUGUAGCAGAAGAAUCUGUAUCAGAUGAUGACAAAAGGAGGAACUAUGGAGGUGUCUAUGUUGGCCUGCCAUCGGAAGCAGCUGCCAUGGUUUCCAGUCAGACAAAAGCUGCACCGAAAGGUAUUGCAAGAUUAGAAGGAAAUAAAGACAUCAAGAUGCAAACAGCUGGAGUCUGCUAAGACCAGUUGCCAGUGCUUUAGAGAGAGCUGUCUUUGUGCUGAAGAUUUUAAUAUUUACGUAGCCUUCUGGAGAGCAAGAGAGAUCAGAGCACCAAAAAAUCUAAACUGUUGCAAGUUCCAACUACGGGUAAAGCUUAAAAGUACAGCGUUGCAUCAGUUUCCUAUGAUGGUUGGAUUAUGGAAACCUCCUGCUGUUCUCCAGUGAAAAAGAAAAUUAGUGAACUCAUGGUGGAUGUUUCUGCAUAAGAGCUAACUUUGAUGAUCUGCAACUUAUUUCUCUGUGGCCAUAUUGCAGAUUUCAUCAGCUAUCAGCUACGCUUCAUAUAUUUUCUCCAACAAUUUUUGAUAGAUUUUAUAUAGAAAACCAUCACUACUGUCCACUCAAUAGUUCCUAUGAAAUCUGCUACUUGGGUUAUCAACGAUUUCAGGCUUCCAGCUCCUGAAGACAAAUAUGCAUCUCAUUCUUGACCCCUUCGACCUCAAAUCAAGAUGAAAUAAGCUUGAAGAUUAAGAUGUGGUGUUAAAAUAUCUCAUUGUGAAUGAAUGUCUGUUGAUUUUAUCUGCAGAGUCUUGUUCUUGCAAGCCAAGCUGAUGAGAACUCAAGUAGCACUGAGUAAUAAACAUACAGGCUUGCUUCUCACCUGCUUACCAUAGCAUAAGGGUAUAGUUUCCAUUUCACAUGUUCCACAAAUGGUCUAAACAGUUUGCACAGCACAAGUUUAUUUAGUACAAAGCAAUUAGGCCCAUGCCUGACCUGAUCACGAUUGCCUUUCCCAAAGCAGAAAAAACACCAGUCGUCCUAGGAUACAUCAUCAUUCAGCUAGUGCUCGAAAAGCCAACAACAGAUUCCAGUAAUCAACCCAGUUGUUUGUCCACUUCUAUCCUUCAGUUGCUGGGAAGAAUCAUCAAAAAGGUGGACAGGGCUGAACUCGAACAUCACUUGUUCUGCUACUGACAUCUGAACCCCCACGUGUGGGCAGAAGAAAGAAAGAGAUGAUUGCUAAUGAAUAGCUCCCACCGGUUGGUGGUGGGACAGUUGCAAGGGGUAUUUUACUUGGUUUACGUCAUUGCUUGUUUUUCCUGUGCAGAGCUAAAGAGAAGCUUGGAGCACUUAGCAGAAUUGGUCUUUUAAUGUUUCAUCCUCCUGAAUGUGUGGGAGGUACGGUGGUUUCUUAAUAUUUUUGUUCCUCUGCAUCAUUUACUCUCAAAAGCUUACUGAUAAACUGACAAAUGUUCAGCAUCAUGGACUGGAGUCUCUAAAAUAGAUAACAUUUAUUUAUGCUACGCGGGCCUGUACCCAUCAAACUAAAUAGCCAGGGCCAUGCCCUUGUCUCUGAUUUGCAGACUCUUGUUUUCCCAAGGACAAGAUCUAGAAACUGCUUGACAGGACACUGUAUUCUGCCUUGGCUGAAUCCCACUUAGGAAACUGAUUUUCUGCUCAUCAAAAUUCCUCUCUGGUGAGCAGCCUUUGUUAAUAAAAGCACAUGAUCUUUCAUGGA